AUGAAUGGUCUAAGCAGUCGCAAGCUUCACUUCAUUUUGGUCCCUCUGAUAGCCCAAGGGCACAUGAUCCCCAUGGUCGACUUGGCUCGCUUACUCGCGGAACGAGGUACCCGUGUCAGCCUCAUCACCACCCCAGUGAACGCCGCACGAAUCAAGACCAUCGUCAACCGAGUGGAGGAAUCUGGUCUUCCGAUCGACUUUGUCGAGCUCCAAUUUCCUUGCACCGAAGCUGGGCUUCCGGAGGGUUGCGAGAAUAUGGAUCUCCUCCCUUCAGAGGACUAUUUAAGGACAUUUUUCGAAGCCAUGCACUUGCUCCGAGAACCCCUGGCUCGGUACCUGCAUGCACAACGGCCCCGUCCAACAUGCAUGAUCACCGACAUGUGCAACCCAUGGACGGCGGAUCUCGCUCGCGAGCUUCGGAUGCCACGGCUCAUCUUUCACGGGCCCUCUUGCUUCUCCCUAACGUGCUUCGCUCUCAUGCAGCAACACGGGAUCUACGACCGCAUAACCGAUGAUUUCGAGCCCAUCCUCGUACCUGAGAUGCCACAACCAUUUGAGGUCACGAAAGCCAUUGCCCCAGGCUUCUUCAAUGUGCCAGGGUGGGAAAAGAUUCGAUCGGGGAUUCAAGAAGCGGAGUCGACGGCAGACGGGGUGGUGAUGAACACUUUUGAUGAUCUGGAGCAUUCAUAUAUCGAGCUCUACAAGAAGGUGACAGGAAAGAAGGUCUGGACCAUCGGGCCAUUGUCUCUCUACAACAAGGACCUUGACGACAAGGCUGCGAGAGGGAACAACUCUGCUAUUGACCGCCACCGAGUUAUGGACUGGCUCGAGUCGAGGAAGCCGAAGUCCGUGCUCUAUGUUAGCUUUGGUAGCAUUGCGCAGACGCGCCCUUGCCAACUCAUUGAAAUAGGGUGCGGUUUGGAGGCAUCCAACCAGCCCUUCAUCUGGGUGAUCAAGGAUGUGGAGAGGACGCCGGAGGUGGACAAAUGGCUGUCGGAGGGAUUCGAGGAGAGGGUAAGCACCAGGGGUCUUGUAAUUACGGGGUGGGCGCCGCAGGUGGUCAUCCUGUCGCACCCUGCCAUCGGAGGAUUUAUGACACACUGCGGAUGGAACUCGAUCUUGGAGGCCAUGUCCGCGGGCAUGCCAAUGAUAACAUGGCCUUUCUUUGGGGACCAAUUCCUCAACGAGAAGUUGCUUGUGGAUGUGUUGGGCAUUGGCGUGGCAGUCGGGGUGAAAGUGCCCUUCCACUAUGUCCCGAAAGACAGUCCGCCGGCAGCGAAGAGGGAUGACAUACAGAAGGCAGUCUCUAGGUUGAUGGAUGAAGGGGAGGAGGGGGAAGAGAGAAGAAAGAGGGCCAAGGAGCUGGCUGGAAAAGCGGUGAGAGCAAUGGAGGAAGGAGGGUCAUCCUUUGAGAACAUAGCACUAAUGAUUCAGUACGCCUUGGAGCAUGGAAACGAUGAUCCUGAGGAAGAGGAACAUAAUGUUUAG